AUGGUUGGUUGUUCAGCUUAUAAUUGCACUGGUAAAGGAAAAUCGUUGUUCACAUUCCCCGAAAACCCUAUCAUACGUAGACAGUGGAUUAGAAAUACAAAAAGGGAAAACUUCAAUCCCGGUCCAAGAGCAGCGCUUUGUCAAGACCAUUUCAAGCAAACUUCCUUCGAGAGGAAUCCCGAGUUAAUGGAAUUAACAGGCAUUCGUUUUAAGUUAAAAUUGAAAGCGGAUGCUGUUCCAACGGAAUUCGACUUCUCGUCACCCAAAUUUAAGUGUAAUGUCAAAGGGAAAAGACCGUAUUUGGGGAGCAGGUUUGCGAGCAAAUUUCAGAAACAGCUGGAGCCAAGCCUUAGCCCAAGAAAAAGCCCUGUUACUGCUGCUGGCAAAAGCAAAGCGCUAAUGAAGAGAGCCCGUCAUGAGAUUGUGCAAAAGUUAUUGGCAGAGCAGUCUCCUCCCUCUGAAGAAGACUCUACAGAACUUGCAAUGCCCUUGUUUAUAGACAUUGGCUGCAAUACAGACACCCAACUUCCAGUUAGUGUAUCAGUGCAAACAGAAAAAACAGAGACUGUAAACAGGUAUACCCAAACUGAACGGAAAAAAAAGUCUGUCCAUAAAGCCAUACAAACAGACAGCCAAAUGCAUCCUUUAUGUAUCCAUAGAGUACCAGAUCAGGCGAACGAAGUUUCACCACAAUUGAGCAGUGGUCUUGCUGAGUCCCAUGAGUUUUCUGAGGUAGAAUCUGAAACCAGCAGUGGAUCACAAAGUGAAAACUGGGAUCCUCAAGCAUCAUCUUUCUCAUCUGCCGAGUCUGAAUGUGAAAAGGAGAUUCCACCUCACUUUGAAAGAAAGUUCCUGGUAUUUGAGUCAUGUCUCCUGCAGCUUUUCGCAAUUUGCUCAGUUUGUCUUGGUCCCUGUAUUGAUAUCUCAACCUCCUUGGUGGGCUCAAUGGUACAAGUUGAAGCAUCAUGUCUGCAAGGUCAUGUAAGAAAAUGGAGAAGUCAGCCACUAAUUGGUGAUAUGCCACUUGGAAAUUUUGUCAUUGCUGCAAGUACAUUGUUGUCAGGGUGCUCCCCAGCAAAAAUAUUGCUACUUUUUCACAAUAUGCAAACACCAAGCUUCACAGAGAGGACUUAUCAUAGGAUCCAAAAACUGUAUUUGAUUCCCUCAAUUUUGGAACAUUGGAAGUCUGUUCAACAGCAACUUUUGAGAAGCAGUCAGGGUAUCAGAACACUGGGAGGUGAUGCCAGAAUGGAUUCUCCAGGUCAUACUGCCAAAUAUGGGAGCUAUUCAUUGAUGAAUCUGGAAUCAAACAAAAUAAUCAGUGUUAAUACACUACAGAGCAAUGAAGUUGGUGGUUCAUAUCACAUGGAGCUGGAAGGUUUAAAACGUUGCUUGGAUGAAGUGAAAGCUGCAGGUAUUAACUUCUCGACACUUGUCACAGACAGACAUGCUGGAGUUAAAAAAUACAUGAGAGAAUGUCAUUCAGACAAGAAUCACCGCUUUGAUGUCUUCCAUGUUGCAAAAUCGAUUGCAAGAAAGGUAGAAGAAAUUGGCAAGAAGAGGACAACAGCUGUGGUAAAUGAAUGGGUUCCAUCAAUAAAAAAUCAUGUAUAUUGGUGUGCAUCAACUAGCAAAGAUAGUCCACAACUAAUCAAGGAAAAGUGGCUUUCUCUUUUCAACCACAUCAUUAAUAAGCACGAAGGACAUGAUGGACAACUUUUUAAAUGCUGUGAACAUGGGCCUAUGGAGCGUGAAUGGUUGAUAAAAGGAAAAGCUGCAUAUAAAGAAUUGAAAGACAAAUUGACCAAAACACAACUUCUUAAUGACAUAGCUAAGCUUUCACCUGUGGAACAGACAAGCCAUCUUGAAUCUUUCCAUAACAUUGUUCUCCACUUUGCCCCAAAGCAUACACAUUUUCACUUUCAGGCAAUGACAGCAAGGGUUCUUCUGGCAGCUAUUCAUUUCAAUGAAAAUACUGGCAGACAGCAAUUGGAAACAAAGGAUGGGGAGAAAAGAUGGCAAAUAUCAUAUAUAAAGUACAAACAAACUGGUGUGGUUAAACCAAUUAAGUCAAAAAGCACAUAUGAGUAUGCAAAGAUCAUUAUGGAGAAGGCAGUUCAAAGAAGAAAAGAGCUAAUAACAUAUGCACAAGCAGGUGAUUGUCAUGACUUGAUCAAAAGUCCAGAUCCUCUUUCUGCUGGCCAUAAAAAGGUAUCAAAGCCAGAGCUUGUGAGUCAGCAUAUCUCCCGUUUUUCAAAGACAUCUUGUGCAGGGCCUACAGAGGAACAAAACAACCAAGUUCAAAACAAAAAACCUCUACAUAGAAAAAGAAAAAAGGCAAAUAAUGCAAAUGCUAGAGAAGUAAAGAAAUUAAAAAUUUAGGGAUUUUUCGGUAAUGAUAUAGAAAUGUAUAUCUAGAUGAUGUAGAAAUGUAUAUUCGGUAACAAGGGAACACAAUUAUUACUAUUUUCAUAUGAAAAAACCCUACAGGAAGAAAACAUUAUAUAUCCAAAUGGAAAUAUAAUGUAAUG